AUGGACAGACAAUUACACUUCUGUAUGUACAAGGCGUGCGGAAAGACAUUGUUGGCUGAGCAGGACCCGGAGCAGGUCAAUGCUCAUCUCCCGCGCGCACGACUUGCAAUGCAGACUUAUCGGCCACGCUCACACGUGCGAGACUCACGGUCGUGCGGGCCUUGGAAGGGGGGGGGGAAUGGAAGGGGAGAGAUGGAGGCGACGACGCAAGGAGGUGAGGGAUGGGGUGAGAAGGGAAAGGAUGGUCGUGUCCGUGCUGCACGUCAUUCGUGA